AUGAAAAAGCGAGUGGCGGUCUCCUGCUGCGUGGCGGGUGUCCUGCUUUUUGCAGCAGCAGUAGCCAUACACCGCACAGCGCCUACCACCAUCGAACAAAAAAAGCUCGCGGCAUGGGUCUACACCGGAUUUAGAAGCGCGACCGAACGCACAAAGGCCACUGUCACCGCUCUUGUCCCGGAGCCCAUGAAGCCCCAUAUAAAGCAACUUUUAGCUGGGGCAACGUCAGUGACGUUAGUGGGUCAAGGUUUCCGUAGGAUUCCGGGCAUCGCCACCGCAAUCAGCGCCUCCGCCCAAACAACAAAGCAACAAAAUGUUGUUGAGAUAAUCAUGGCCAAGCCUGUGGAUAAGCUCUUGUAUGCUGUGGGCGCUAUUUUUGCCCAGGCAUUUCUGCUGCGAUUACUUGUGAAACCACCGGGUUACUGGGGGCCUGUGAAGGAUCAGAAAGUGUGGCGCAACUUCUUCACCACGCAGGCAGGCUGGUUUCUGCUUGUUGUUUGUGUAGCGCUUCCAAAUUGUGUGGUAGAUGCCGGUUUCAUCAUUACACUGCUCGGUCGCCUGCCAUCAGAAACGUACCUCCCAGCUCUUGUCGUUGGGAAACUUUUACAGCCGUACGUCGCCACAGCGCUGUUCUGCUCGCCAACUUUUGUACGCUGGCUGCCGCAGGUGUGGAAAGUGAUGGAUGCCAAGGGAAGCGAGGAUGACCAAAGCGGAGCGAAGGUGGUAUUUUGGGCUUUGCUAACAACCGCUGUUCUUCUUGCGGGUACGAAUGGGGUCACUAUGUUGUGGCGGCGGGAUGGAAGCAAUGACGAAGAGGAGGAGUUAGUCCUUGAGGAUGCAGAAGCGGAAAACUAA